CGGAGGACCUUCCUGGUGCCCGAGAUCAAGUCGCUGGACCAGUACGAUUUCUCGCGGGCCAAGGCUGCUGCGAGCUUGGCGUGGGUGCUGCGGGCCGCAUUCGGGGGCGCAGAGCACGUGCCCCCGGAGCUGUGGGAGCCCUUCUAUACUGACCAGUACGCGCAGGAGCACGUGAAGCCCCCGGUGACGCGGCUGCUCCUCUCGGCCGAGCUCUACUGCCGGGCCUGGCGCCAGGCGCUGCCGCAGCUCGAGACACCUCCUAGCCCCUCUGCACUGCUGGCCCUGCUGGCACGGAGGGGCACAGUGCCAGCACUGCCCGAGCGCCCUGUGCGCGAGGCUGACCUGAGACACCAGCCCAUUCUCAUGGGAGCCCAUCUAGCUGUUAUUGAUGCCCUCAUGGUUGCCUUCUCCUUCGAGUGGACCAAGACGCUGCCUGGUCCUUUGGCUCUGACCAGCUUGGAGCACAAGCUUCUUUUCUGGGUGGACACGACUGUCAGGAGGCUGCAGGAAAAGACAGAGCAAGAAGCGGCCCAGCGUGCAUCUCCUGCUGCCCCUGCAGAUGGGGCAGCCCCGGUGCAGCCCUCGUGCCCCACGCGCUGGUAUUGGAAGCUGGUUCCUCACGCAAUUGCCUUCUGUUUGAAGGAGUCGGGGAACAAACCCCCCAUGAUCCGAUACCGCAAGGACCGUGCUGUGGCCCGUCGUGCCCCCUGCUUCCCAACUGUGACGAGCCUCCAGGACCUGGCCAGCGGGGCGGCCCUGGCCGCCACGAUCCACUGCUAUUGCCCCCAGCUGUUACGACUCGAGGAGGUGUGCCUCAAGGACCCCAUGUCUGUGGCGGACAGCCUGUACAAUCUCCAGCUGGUGCAGGAUUUCUGUGCCUCCCGCCUUCCUCGUGGCUGCCCGCUGUCCCUGGAGGACUUGCUUUAUGUCCCACCACCCCUCAAGGUCAACCUGGUGGUCCUGCUGGCCGAGAUGUUCAUGUGCUUCGAGGUGCUGAAGCCUGACUUUGUGCAGGCCAAGGACCUGCCAGACGGGCAUGCUGCCUCCCCCCGGGGCACUGAGGCCUCCCCACCUCAGAACAAUAGUGGCAGCAGUUCUCCUGUCUUCAACUUCCGUCACCCGCUCCUGUCACCUGGCGGCCCCCAGUCCCCACUCCGAGGAUCCACAGGCUCCCUGAAGUCCUCUCCGUCCAUGUCCCACAUGGAGGCCCUUGGCAAGGCCUGGAACCGCCAGCUCAGCCGUCCCCUCUCCCAGGCUGUGUCGUUCAGCACCCCCUUUGGCCUGGACAGCGACGUGGAUGUUGUCAUGGGAGACCCCGUCUUGCUCCGCUCCGUCAGCUCGGAUAGUCUCGGUCCCCCGCGUCCCGUGCCGGCCCGGACGCCCUCCCAGCCGCCCCCGGAGCCUGGCGACCUGCCCACCAUCGAGGAGGCCUUGCAGAUCAUCCACAGUGCCGAGCCCCGGCUGCUCCCGGACGGGGCCGCCGACGGCAGCUUCUACCUCCACUCCCCGGAGGGGCUCUCCAAACCGCCGCUGGCCCCCUCCUACCUGCCCGAGGGGGCCUCGAAACCACUGUCUGAUGGGCCUGCCAAAGCGCCCGUCUACGUGUCCCACCCAGAGGCCCCCUCAAAACCAUCUCCCUGCCCAUCAGGGGAGGUGUUGAAACUACCAGCCCCAUCCGAGGGGUCUCCGAAGGCAGUGGCUUCAUCCCCCGCAGCCACCAACUCUGAGGUGAAGAUGACCAGUUUUGCUGAACGCAAGAAGCAGCUGGUGAAGGCUGAGGCUGAGGCCGGAGCAGGGUCCCCCACGUCCACUCCAGCAGCACCUGAGGCCCUGAGCUCAGAGAUGAGUGAGCUGGGAGCCCGGCUGGAAGAGAAGCGCCGAGCCAUAGAGGCCCAAAAGCGGCGCAUUGAGGCCAUCUUUGCCAAGCACCGCCAGCGGCUGGGCAAGAGCGCCUUUCUACAGGUGCAGCCGCGGGAGGCCGCAGGGGAGGCUGAGGCUGAGGCUGAGGCCGAGGCCGAGGCUGAGGCCGAGGCCGAGCCAGGCUUGGCCCCUGGUGGUGAGCGGCCAGCAGGUGAGGGCCAGGGUGAGCCAUCCUCACGGCCUAAGUCAGUGACCUUCUCCCCAGAGCUGGGCCCAGUGCCCCCAGAGGGCCUGGGGGACUACAACCGAGCAGUCAGCAAGCUGAGUGCUGCGUUGAGCUCGCUGCAGCGGGACAUGCAGAGGCUCACGGACCAGCAGCAGCGGCUUCUGGCCCCCCAGGAAGCCCCUGGACCUGCCCCACAACCUGCUGCGUGGGUCAUUCCUGGCCCCACAGCGGGGCCCAAAGCUGCCUCCCCCAGCCCUGCCCGGCGUGCUCCCGCUGCUCGUCGCAGUCCGGGGCCUGGCCCCAGCCCGGCACCUCGCAGCCCCAAACACGCCCGGCCAGCGGAGCUGCGCCUGGCACCCCUGACCAGGGUGCUCACCCCGCCACACGACGUGGACAGCCUCCCUCAUCUGCGCAAGUUCUCACCAAGCCAGGUGCCUGUACAGACGCGUUCCUCCAUCCUCCUGGCGGAGGGGACACCUCCCGAGGAGCCCUCGGCCAGGCCUGGCCUCAUCGAGAUCCCCCUGGCUAGCCUGGGAGAGCCUGCUGCCGAGGAGGAGGGAGAUGGGAGCCCCCCUGGGGCCGAGGACUCCUUAGAGGAAGAAGCAUCUUCCGAGGGAGAGCCUCGGGCUGGCCUUGGCUUCUUCUAUAAGGAUGAAGACAAGCCCGAGGAUGAGAUGGCUCAAAAGCGGGCCAGCCUCCUAGAGCGGCAGCAGCGGCGAGCAGAGGAGGCCCGGAGACGCAAACAGUGGCAGGAGGCUGAGAAGGAGCAGCGGAGGGAGGAGUCUGUGAGACUGGCCCAGGAGGCCCCUGGCCCCGCCCCUGCAGCACCCACGGCUCCUGUGGCCCCAGUGGCCACCCAGAUCCCCGCUUCCCGGGCCCCAGCUGAGGAGGAGGUGGGCCCCCGGCGAGGGGACUUCACGAGACUUGAGUAUGAACGCCGGGCCCAGCUAAAGCUGAUGGAUGACCUUGAUAAGGUGCUGCGGCCCCGGGCCACGGGGACCGGGGGGCCGGGUCGGGGCGGGCGGAGGGCCCCCCGGCCACGCUCUGGUUGCUGCGAUGACUCGGCCCUGGCACGAAGCCCAGCCCGCGGCCUGCUGGGCUCCAGGCUCAGCAAGAUCUACUCUCAGUCCACCCUGUCCCUGUCCACUGUGGCCAACGAGGCCCCCAAUCACCUCGGUGUGAAGAGGCCCACGUCACGGGCGCCGUCCCCAUCUGGCCUCAUGUCCCCCAGCCGCCUGCCCGGAAGCCGAGAACGCGACUGGGAGAAUGGCAGCAAUGCCUCCUCCCCGGCGUCGGUGCCCGAGUACACAGGUCCAAGGCUGUACAAGGAGCCCAGCGCCAAGUCCAACAAGUUCAUCAUCCACAACGCCCUGUCGCAUUGCUGCCUGGCGGGCAAGGUGAACGAGCCGCAGAAGAACCGCAUUCUUGAGGAAAUUGAGAAGAGCAAGGCCAACCACUUCCUGAUCCUCUUCCGUGACUCGAGCUGCCAGUUCCGGGCGCUCUACACGUUGUCUGGGGAGACGGAGGAGCUGUCUCGGCUGGCGGGCUAUGGCCCCCGAACUGUCACCCCCGCCAUGGUGGAAGGCAUCUACAAGUACAACUCAGACCGCAAGCGCUUCACUCAGAUUCCCGCCAAGACCAUGUCUAUGAGCGUGGACGCCUUCACCAUCCAGGGCCAUCUCUGGCAGAGCAAGAAGCCCACCACUCCCAAGAAGGGCGGCAGCACCCCCAAAUAGCCCCACCCUGGGUGUGCCCGGGCUGGGCCCCUGAGCUUUGGCCGCCGCCCCCUGGAGGACAGUUGGUCAGUAUUCCUGGGUCCUGUCUCCGACCUUGUCUGGGUGGGGCUGGAGUCCUCACCCCCUAACUUUUGAGUCUGGUCCUACUGUGGGGACUGAGCUGGGAGGUUCAGGGACUCAGGGCUCAGCUCAGUCCCCUUGUCUGUCCUCCCCACCUUCUUGAAUAAAAUAAUGUAAAGAGAAGCUGAGCCUUGUCACCUCCCCGAGGUUGGCUGGGUCUCGGUCUCCUGCUCUCUUGAACUAA